CGAUACUCACGCUGGGUUUCCGUCCCCUUGAUGACGUCAUUUGCUGUGCGGCAGCGGCUGACGAGCGGGAUAGCUCGUGGCGGCGGCUUGCAGUGUGGCGCUCGUCACGGAGAGUGGGCCUGCAGACCACUUGAAAUAACAAUUCCAUCUGAAAUGAAAUCUUAUUGGGCAUUAGGAGUUCUUACAAUAUCAAUAUUUACAGACCUAUUGAUUGGACAAUAUAUAACAGAAGAAGAAGAUGAAGAUACUCAAGCAGGUUGUCGAACUGCUGUGAAUGAUUUAGUUUUCAUUGUUGAUGGGUCGUGGAGUGUAGGAUAUACUGACUUUGACACUGCUAAGAACUGGUUGGUAAAUGUAACCAGCAGCUUUGACAUUGGGCCAGCUUACACUCAGGUUGCUGUUGUUCAAUACAGUGAUCUACCAAGGCUGGAAUUUCACCUUGGGCAACAUCGGACAAACCAGCAACUCAUUAAUGCCCUAAAAAGCAUGAAAUACUUGGGUGGGAAUACCCAGACUGGACGUGCAAUUAAAUUUGCAACUGAGAAUGUUUUUCCAUCCUCUCAAAGGACUAACCUGGCCAAAAACAGAAUUGCAAUCGUAGUUACAGAUGGCAAGUCCCAGGACGAUGUGGUGGAGACUGCAGCAGCAGCCAGAGCACAGAACAUCAUUAUGUUUGCAGUUGGAGUUGGUUCUGAAAUAACUAAGUCCGAAUUAGUAGCAAUUGCCAAUAUGCCGUCCACAGAGUAUGUGCUGUAUGCAGAGGACUAUACCACCAUUGACAGGAUAAAGGAGACUAUGCAGCAAAAGAUAUGUGAAGAAUCUGUAUGCCCAACCAGAAUACCUGUAGCUUCACGGGAUGAAAAGGGGUUUGAGCUACUUGUGGGAAUGAACAUUCAUAAGAAAGGCCAGAAGAUAACAGGGUCAUUGGUUUCCGAAAAAGCCUAUCUUCUUACCCCUGAUGUGGAUGUGACUGAAAACACAAGAGACAUCUUCCCAGAAGGCCUUCCACCCUCAUAUGUUUUUGUGGCAACCAUACGUCUAAAUGACCCUGAGACGCAGGUGGUUGUUGACCUGUGGAGAAUAUUAUCAAAGGCAGGAGAAGUCCAGGCAGCAGUGACUCUAAAUGGUACAGACAAUUCAGUCAUCUUUUCUGUCACACAGAUCAAUGAAAAUCAUCAAGUGAUUCAUUUCAAUGAUUCAAGAUUAAAGGAAUUAUUUGACGCAAAGUGGCACCAGCUGAAGAUCCUAGUGAGAAGUAAAAGUGCAGUCCUAUAUCUGGAUGAUGCUCUCAUUCAAAACCAUGCGCUUGGAGAAAUUGGACCAAUAUUCAUCAAUGGCAAAACUCAAGUCGUAAAGAGAGAAAUGUCUGAUCAGUCUGUAACUAUGGAGAUACAGAAACUAAGGUUGUACUGUGACCCAGAGCAGAGUGAAAGAGAGACGGCCUGUGAAAUCUAUUCUGUGGAUGACCCCAGGUGCCCGCUUGAGCGAGUGCCUUCGCCUUCUUGUCAGUGUCCUGAAAGCCAGCCUGGUUCUCCCGGAGCACCAGGACCAGAGGGCAACAAGGAGCUUGUAGGAGAGCAUGGAGCCCCAGGAGCUGAUGGGAAACCUGGACAACCAGGGCUUCAAGGUCCACCUGGGAAACCUGGCACCCAUGGAGAAAAGGGUUCUCAGGGGCCACAAGGACUGAAAGGUGAUCUUGGACCUCCAGGACCGCAGGGGCCGCCUGGAAUCCGAGGAGUACCAGGCCCUAUGGGACCUAAGGGUUCGGUUGGACUAGGCGGUCAGUCUGGAACUCCUGGGAUUCCAGGAAAGAAGGGGAUGAAAGGGGAAAGGGGCCCAGGGGGCAUUCCUGGACUUCAGGGGUCACGGGGUGAAUCAGGGUCACAAGGAAGAGAUGGCGCUCCUGGGCCAGUGGGACUACAGGGUUAUCACGGUGAUCCUGGUCUUCCUGGCGCAAUGGGAGUAAAGGGGGAAAGAGGAAUGCCGGGACAAAAAGGAACCAGUGGGCCCCCUGGCCUAAAGGGUGAAACUGGGGCAAUUGGACUUCCAGGAGCAGAAGGCCUGCAAGGACCAAAGGGCAUGCAAGGUGACCAUGGUCUUUCUGGACCGCCAGGACUUUCCGGACUAAAAGGUCAAAGAGGAGACCCAGGUUUGCCUGGUCUGGAGGGUUCAAUGGGAAUCCAAGGGCCAAAGGGACAUAAGGGGGACAUUGGUGAUGAAGGAUAUAAAGGAGAUCAGGGAGAAAAGGGGGAAGCAGGUCUGCCUGGAAUAGCAGGAAUAAGGGGUGAAGAAGGCAACAAAGGAGCCAAAGGAGAGAAAGGUGACACCGGUGACCUUGGUGACAAAGGGAUAGAGGGUAGGAAAGGUGAAGUCGGCAUGGCAGGACCACAAGGGCCUCGGGGUUUUCCAGGUGAAGGAGGACAGCAAGGAAGAUCUGGAAUACCUGGCAUUCCUGGAAAACCAGGGAAAUCCAUGACAGAUGACCACGUUAUGAAGCUGUGUAGUAAUAUGUUGCGUGCACAGUUACCAUCUUUGCUUCAGAACAUGAGUCCUACUUGCCCACCAUGUGAAGGAAAACAAGGCACACCAGGAUUACCAGGUAUCCAGGGCAGGCCUGGUGAGAGAGGACCACAAGGAUACCUGGGAAGAGGAGGCAGACCUGGCUAUCCAGGAAUUCAGGGAUUGCCAGGACUCCAGGGGAUGAAAGGAGAUACAGGACAAAAAGGGAACAAAGGUUCUAAAGGUGAACGGAGCAUAGGACACCCUGGACCACCCGGACCUCAAGGAUCACCUGGAAGAAAUGGGAGCAGUGGAGAAGGAAUUUCAGGCCCUCCGGGCAACCCCGGGAAAAGUGGAGUACCUGGAUCUCCAGGAAAACAUGGUUCGCCUGGACCUGCUGGCGCUUGUGACAUCUCUUUGUGUCUCUCAGCGUACGGAAUAAGGGACAACCCUUUCAGAAAAGGACCUAACUUCUGAAGCAAAGACUGUUUAUUCAGUUCAGAUCAUAAUCCUGUUUAUCUCUUCAGGAAUUAUUUGCCAUCCAAUUUUAAUGUACAGCAGAGGAUUUAAAGCAGAGGUUCUCAAACUCGGUCCUCGGGGGUCCACACAGUGCAUGUUUUGCAGGUCUCCUCACAGAAUCGCAAGUGAAAUAAUUAGCUCCACCUGUGGACCUUUUAAAAUGUGUCAGU